CGGGCCCUUUAGCCCCGUGCGCCCCCCGAGCGGGUGGCGCGGGCCGCGCGGGCGCCGGGCGCGGGGCGCGGGGCUGCCAGCCGCGGCGCGGGAGGCGGGGCGCGAGGAGGGCGGAGGCGCGGCGCGGGGAGGGAGGAGCUGCCCGCGCGCCCGCCGCCGCCGCCGCCGCCGCCGCCGCCGCUCGGCUCCACACCCGCCGGCGCAGCCCCGCCACGAGACUCUGACAGCGCGCGGCCCGCGCUGCUCGGGCGCACAGGCACGGACGGACCGCGGCGGCGGCGACGGAGGACGCGAGGACCGCGGCCCGGCGCCAAGUGCGGCAGGCGCGCGGGGCUGGCGGCGCGCAGAGAUCCCCUCUGAAACAGCUGGGGGCUCAGAACGUGUUGCCACCUGUGAAGAGUGGGCCAGCCAGGAAAGCAAGAAGGGAUGGAGUGGAGCCCCGCCAGGGCCUGAGGAGUGACCAUAAUCCACAACCACCGGACCUGGAGCCUCCAAGUCAGGAAGGCUACACAACCAGGGAGACUCAAGAAGAAUUAAUGCUUCGGCCCCCAGCGACAUGUACACGGUGUAAUGACAGGAGAUGAGCAGGUUUGCAGAGAAACUGCUGGCCUGAAAUUUAAGACGAAGGCAUCAUUGCCUCUACAUCAGAUGUGUUUGCCCGCCAUGACGUGGGGCGUUCCAGAGGUGUUGAGCAUCAGAAAACCAGAGUCGCAAGUACAGACUCCGCGCCCCUGUGCUGUGAGCUUGCAGGGCCCGUCUCUCGGGGCCGGGAGCCUUGCCAAGUCUCACCGGAAGUGAGGCCGUUGAGUUGCCCUGGGACUGAGCGCUGGCCCCUGAGCUCUCGUGUUCAUUGCAGGGCUCUGGCUGAGAACAUGGCCAAUGGCAUCGACGAACUCAUCGGCAUUCCCUUCCCCAACCACAGCAGCGAGGUCCUGUGCAGCCUGAACGAGCAGCGGCAGGACGGCCUGCUCUGCGACGUGCUCCUCGUGGUGCAGGAGCACGAGUACCGCACCCACCGCGCCGUCCUGGCGGCCUGCAGCAAAUACUUCAAGAAGCUGUUCACGGCCGGCGCCCUGGCCAGUCAGCCGUACGUCUACGAGAUCGACUUUGUCCAGCCCGAGGCCCUGGCUGCCAUCCUGGACUUCGCCUACACCUCCACGCUCACCAUCACCGCCUCCAACGUCAAGCACAUCCUCAACGCCGCCAGGAUGCUGGAGAUCCAGUGCAUCGUGAACGUGUGCCUGGAGAUCAUGGAGCCCGGCGGGGACGGUGGGGAGGAGGACGACAAGGAGGACGACGAUGACGACGAGGAUGACGACGAUGAGGAGGACGAGGAGGAAGAGGAGGAGGAAGAGGAAGAAGACGAAGAUGAUGACACCGAAGACUUCGCCGACCAAGAAAACUUGCCCGACCCCCAGGACAUCAACUGCCACCAAAGCCCCUCCAAGACGGACCAUCUCACGGAGAAGGCCUAUUCCGACGCACCCAGGGACUUCCCCGAUUCCUUCCAGGCCGGCAGCCCCGGCCAUCUGGGCGUCAUCCGGGACUUCUCCAUCGAAUCCUUGCUGAGGGAGAACCUGUACCCCAAAGCCAACAUCACUGAUAGGAGACCCUCCUUAUCUCCGUUCGCCCCUGACUUCUUCCCGCACCUCUGGCCGGGGGACUUCGGUGCCUUUGCCCAGCUGCCUGAGCAGCCCAUGGACAGUGGGCCGCUAGACCUGGUCAUCAAGAACCGGAAGAUCAAGGAGGAGGAGAAGGAGGAGCUGCCCCCGCCCCCACCGCCCCCCUUCCCCAACGACUUCUUCAAGGACAUGUUCCCCGACCUUCCCGGGGGGCCGCUGGGCCCCAUCAAGGCGGAGAACGACUACGGUGCCUAUCUCAACUUCCUGAGUGCCACGCACCUGGGGGGCCUCUUCCCGCCCUGGCCGCUGGUGGAGGAGCGCAAGCUGAAGCCCAAGGCCUCUCAGCAGUGCCCCAUCUGCCACAAAGUCAUCAUGGGGGCCGGGAAGCUGCCGCGGCACAUGAGGACCCACACCGGGGAGAAGCCAUACAUGUGCAACAUCUGUGAGGUCCGCUUCACCAGGCAGGACAAGCUGAAGAUCCACAUGCGGAAGCACACGGGGGAGCGGCCCUACCUGUGCAUCCACUGCAACGCCAAGUUCGUGCACAACUACGACCUCAAGAACCACAUGCGCAUCCACACGGGCGUGCGGCCCUACCAGUGCGAGUUCUGCUACAAGAGCUUCACGCGCUCCGACCACCUGCACCGCCACAUCAAGCGCCAGAGUUGCCGCAUGGCCCGGCCCCGGCGCGGCCGCAAGCCCGCCGCCUGGAGGGCCGCCAGCCUGCUCUUCGGGCCCGGAGGCCCCGCGCCCGAGAAGGCGGCCUUCGUGAUGCCGCCCGCGCUGGGCGAGGUGGGCGGCCACCUGGGCGGGGCGGCCGUGUGCCUCCCCGGCCCCAGCCCGGCCAAGCACUUCCUGGCGGCGCCCAAGGGCGCGCUGAGCCUGCAGGAGCUGGAGAGGCAGUUCGAGGAGACGCAGAUGAAGCUGUUCGGGCGCGCGCAGCUGGAGGCCGAGAGGAACGCGGGGGGCCUCUUGGCCUUCGCGCUGGCCGAGAACGUGGCGGCCGCGCGGCCCUACUUCCCGCUGCCCGACCCGUGGGCCGCGGGCCUGGCCGGCCUCCCCGGGCUCGCCGGCCUCAACCACGUGGCCUCCAUGUCUGAAGCCAACAACUAGGCUGGUCUUUGUCCAUCCCAGUCCAGCGGCCCUUGCCCCCUCUCCCACCAGGCGUCCCCUGCCCUACCCAGUGGGUCUGGACUGUUUCUUUCAAAUCACAACGGAAAAGAACGAAAACGUAUUAGCAGCAGCAGUGGUAUUUUCUAGGCCUCCCAAGGCCUCCUGCAUCCCUUUUGGUGGUGUCUGAGGCGGGCAUCUCCUCCCACAGGGCCUGGAGCCCAGGGCCUGGCCUCUACCUGGCUGUCUCUCCGGCUGUCACACACAAACUCACAGGGACCCGUGCCCCGAGGCGGCCACACCCUGGGUGCCCAGGAGCACUCUGGAGCUGUGUGUGGGGCUCGAUGGAGGAAGGUAGCUUGGCCAGAGGCAGACCAGGUGGAACAGGGACGAGGCCUACCGAGGGGCCUGGGGCGCCCAUCCUAGCUGAGCCACCAUUGUACGGCAGAGUCCCUGCUGACCCUGCUCUGGUGGGUCACUUUUCUCGUCUCCAGCCAUCCCGGGAUCCUUGUGGGAAAUGCCCUAUUGGCAGGGAAGGCUCCUGGAGUCCGGGCCCAUUAUUCCUCACUGUCCUGUGACCUUGGACGGGUCGGUCGUCUCUACCCUGCUCCGAAGGGGAGCUGGCAAUUUAGUUUCCCCUCUUGCACCCACCCCCACACAUAUACACACCUGUCCCACCCCCCCCCACACACACACACACAAAAGAACUGAGAAGGUGGGAGCUUUGCACGCCUAAAGUCUCUGGUAAAACCGUCUAUCUUGCCGGAUUUAGUUUUCUCACAUCCACCUCUCUAUUAGCACAGGUGAGGAAUGUGGCCACCCUAGACAGGAGUGACAAAGAAGGGCUGAGAUGUGCCGUGUCCACAGGCAGCUGUGGGGAACUCCAAAUACUCCCCGCCUCUCCAGGCAGGCAGGCCACCGUGUAAGCCAGGGCCCCUGGGGAUGACUAGUUAGCAUUGACUCCCUCUCCAGGGCUGUACAAAGUCUCUUGGGACUCCUGGGGCCAACACGGAAGGGCCGAGCGUCACCUCUUAACACCUGGCGGCUGCCCCCCCUCUGCCCUGAUUCCUAGAAACAGACAAAACACCCGGUUACCCAGGGUUUAUGUUUGUUGUGGGUUUCUCAGCAAUCCCCGGUAUUGCUGGGGAUUGCCCCCUUUGCUGUGUUUGAACACCCUCAAGCCCUC